CCGCGCCUUCGUUAGGCAUCUAACUUGCCACGUGAACUUGAUUGGUCUGCUGUAUUGAUGUGUUUGAGUGCUACCAAUGGAAUUUGCCCUGCGAAAUGGUGCAGCGAUCGAGUUUGGUGGCGUGCCUAGUCAGCCAUACCUCUUGCAUUCUCAACCGAUCGAGAUCCUUUCGCCUAGCAAACGCAUCCCAAGCAGAAAGCGUCAACGGAAUGUGGAAGAGACUACAGCUAUCCCGUUUGAGAGAUUGGCAAAAUCUCUACCAGCUACAAAGGCGAAAUGGGAAGAAGACACAACAAACGCCCAUCGGUUCUACAACUGUGCGUUGAGCUUGCCUCAUUUCCUAGGGGAAGCCCCAAUUCCAUACAAGCAGACCCCUGGCGGGGACGGCUUCGGCAUCGGCAUCGUUCGGAAUUCCAGUCCCAAUGGCAGCGACUUCUCACAUUCGAGUUCGUUGUCCCUAUCAUCGAUUGACCAUAAAGAUCCUUCUGAAGAUGACGUCAUAAAUGUUUGCCUUCAAGAAAUGCCACAAUUUCUCAGUGAACUACAACAACCCAACCCCGAGACUGAUCCCAUCACAGACGGUGACGCCAUAAUGAAGAAACUCCAGAUCAUUGCCAACAGCCAGAGCACUCCACUCACAUCAUCCUUUGAAAGCUCAUCGGUGCCUCCUGCGCAUAAGCAACACGAGAGAACUACUUCGGAGCAACAGUCUCUCGUAGACAGCCAGUGGAUGUAUACGUCUACACUAACACUGCCAGCUAAGCCUCCUGCAAUCACUAUUAUUCGUCAACCUCCACAGUUUCAUCGAGCACGUUAUGAAAAAGAAGGAAACGAAGGUGCCAAAGGUUGGCUAAAGAAUGAGGACGGAGAGCCCGUUGCCAUUCAACUAGAAAAUAUGGCUUAUGAAAUUGGAGAUAUCACGGUCACAAUCAUCGUGUUGACAGUCAAGGGUUUUCUACAUCCUUACAUCUACCCGACGUGCUUUGGUCGUGGCAUGUCAGCAGAAUGGAAAAAGGAUGAAGAGGAGCGUUCUGUCAGCGUAGUCUUGCGAGCAACAGAAGAAUACAGAAAAGACUUGACAUAUUUGGGUAUAAAGCGCAACAAAUUGGAAGGGAUCGAUUUGAGCUUGCACACCAAGGAUGAACUUAGCAACUUUUGCCUCAUGUUUGUGACAUCCGUUCCCUCACUGUCGGGAAGUUUCACUUGCCUAACGUCAACAACUCAAUUCGUUCGUGUUCUGUGCCCUAGCACAUUCACAAAGCGCCGCAAAAAGAGCAAAAGCGCAAUGGACGAAAUUCAGUAAUUGCACUUUGAGGCUUGUACCCAGAUAGACGUGAAAGGUGCAUAUUAUUAACGGGUGAACAUUUUGGAUUAAUUAAAAACGGUUUUCUUGUGUUGUGUUAGUUGUCUUUGUUUCUGCGUAUACUUGAUUGCUUAGAUAGACUUUUCAUACUGCAUAAUAUUUACAAAAAGUAUUUACUCUAACAACGACGUGGACACCAUCCACAAUGACACUAUAGUAUACACUAAAAUAUUCUGUCACUGUAUACUUCUAGCUAGUGCUAAUGCUUUGU